CUCUAGCGAGAGAGUUCUGAGGAGCUCCAGCGCGCUCAGCGUAGCCCUCUCCAGCGAGCCCCGGGAGCUCGAACGCACCCAGCACGUCCCCGUCCAGCUGGGACGCCAACCGUGCCCCGCAGCUGAGCUGAGCUGUCAGCACCAGAGCCAGGGGGGGUCGGAGCUUCUCCAUGGACGGGGCGGGGACUCAGGCUGCUUCUCCUUCCUCCCCAGCACAGAGGUUCGAGCUCAGGCCUGAUCGUCCCCACUUCCUCCCCCCGCGGCCGGAAUGGUCUGGUCCGGGUGCAGUCCGCUUCUCCCCCCUUCACCUCGGGCGACAGUGGCGGCGCGCGGCCCCGCCUCCGUGGGGCGAUGCUGUGAGCGGCGCUCGAGGUUAGUGCCAACAUGGCGGCGUCCCCCGGGGACCCCGGCGGCUAUUUCCGGAGCACCAGCCGCUUCUGGAUGGGCGCCAUCGCCAUCUCCAUAGGCUACUUCGCUUGGGCAGUCUUUUUACCUUCAACACUACCCUACGAGAAUCUGGGACAAUUUGGCCAUUUUACUAAAUAUUUAGUGGACAACCACCCCAAACUGCUAUAUAAUGGGUUUUGGCUUGCCUGGGGAAUUCAUAUAGCUGAAGCAUUGUACAGUAUCAAGUUAUGCAAGACCAAAGGCAUCACUGACAGCUCUGUUCAACGUCGAUGGUUCAUCCAAACCUUCCUCUUUGGUAUAGCUUCUCUCUCCCACCUGCUAGCCUACAAGCCUCCGCCUAAGAAGCAGAGAUAAAGGAUUGGAAAAGAGGCAAAUAAGGCUAAUAUAUUUCAACCUUGUUCUUAGAAAGUGGAUUCACCCUAUGUGUUUAGUUGCUGUGAAUGAUCUAAAAGGCAUUUCUUGUUAUGUGAGCCGGUGCACUCGUGCCAAGGCAAUCUUGUGGUAUCACUGCUAUUAUUAAAUGCCUGGUUUGAGAUAUGGGCUCACUUGAUAGCUCAAGAAAUUAGUAUGGGAACAUGGAGUAUCUCACUUUGUGCUUGCAAAAUUCAGUCCAGAUUGGGUCAGGGACCAGAUAUCACUGCCCUCAGUUGGUUGUUUAAUGGCCUAUAUCUAAGGCUACGAUUUUGUCACAGAGGUUGCAGAAGUCACAGGUGGCAGGGGGCCAAAGGUGACUCGUGGGAGGGACACAAAGGGGGCACCAGCUAAAGGGGAUGUGUCCUCCCCACGUGACUCCUCGCCGCCCCUAGCCUGGGGUCUCUGCACUCUCCCCAUCCCACAUUACCUCAGGGGGCGGGCUCUGUCCUCCCACUGUACCAGCUCUCCCUGAGAUGUUCGGCUGCUCUUCCUGGAAGCCAGGCCCCAGAGCUGUUCCCGGAUGCUGCCUGGUGCAACACAGUAGCUGCCUGGGAGAAUGCCUGGCUGCCUCCCGCCCAGGCUUGGCUUCUGGGACAGCAGCUGAGCGAGUUGGAGCCCCCCAGACCUCUCAGAAUUGGCUCCUGUCCCCAGAAGCUGAGCCUGGGCUGGGGGCAGCCUGCUGCUGCCGCAGCCAGGUGCUCUCCCAGUCAGCCACUACACUGCGCCAGGCAGCAUGGCUGGAAGAGGAAAGGUUCUGGCCCAGGCCCGCUGCUGGGGGCACUUGGCCCUCCGUUAUCCUACCAUGAGUCACCCCUGCAGGGGGCCCCCAUGGCUGCCAGCCAUGGAGCUCCCAAUCAGCCAGGAGAUCCUGGAGCUCUGAGCUAUAGGCAAUGGGGGCCCCUGGAGUGCCGAGCUGGGGAUCCCGCAGCUGCCCCAUUGCUGUGGGCAGUGGGGGACACCAGAGCCCCAGCAAUGAUGCGUGCUGGACCCUUAUCCAUAAUAAAAUGGGUAGGGAAAUUUUUAGUACAAGUCAGGGACAGGUCACAGGCUUCCGUUAAUUUUUGUUUAUUGCCCAUGACCUGUCCCUGACUUGUACUAAAAAUAUCCGUGACAAAAUCUUAGCCUUACCUAUAUUCUAUGUUCAAUUUGCUUCAAACUGAAAAGCACAAUUCCUCUCUACUCCCACCUAAAGAAAACCCCACCACCCUUGUUGGCAAUAGGCAUUAAGACAGAACUACCCUUUUUUUGGUAGGUGUUUUUCUUCCACAUCAGCAGAGAGACACUUUACUUAUGUAGUAUAGAGAAGUCUCUGCUUGUUCUAGGCUAGAAUGGUUUUCCCAGGCUUUCAAUAAAUAAUUUUCACCAACAUUUUUGGUUAAAAUUC